GGCGCCCGGAGCGCAUGCGCGCAGGCCGCGUCCGUCGGCGCACGCGCGUCUAACGUCUAACAUUGCGGAAGUAUGACUUAAGAGUGGAAGAUGCUGUGUGCGAGGAAGUUUAUAAGGACGAAGUAUGUCCUGGCCUGCGUGACGGUGUUCUGCGUGAGCUGGUUCGUGUCGGUGAGCGAGUGGCACCCCGCGCUGCGCUGGGGCGGCCGGCGACAGGCCGGCAGGCUGUCCACCAUGAGGACCAUCGUGGCCUACUCGGAGGGCAAGCAGGCCGAGAUGGACCGCCCCUCGCCGGUCACGUGCGACCGGCUGCCGGCCUACCCGGAAGUACCCUACAUUAACCGUACAUGGUCACCAGGAGAGCAACCGGAGUCCUCGUGGCAGCGGGUCGCUGGCACCCAAGUAUCGCUUUACGCUGCCUUCUACGACGAGCGGACCCCGCAGCGAUACGUGCGGAUAUUGGCUACUUUUGAAGGUCGAAACUUCCCCACCGAACAAACUCUGUUCUGCCAGACGCGUAUUUUGAACCCUUACGAUGACUCAGUGGAAGUGGUCGCAGCAAAACCAUUGGAAGUCUGGUGGCAUGAGUGGGACGCUACUUCCAUCGGAGUAGAAACACCACUGUUACUCUCUUGUCCUCUCAUCGAGCCUCUACAUCGGCCCUCCCUCGUAUCCGUCGUUACCCAACCAUGUGAUGAUCCAACUAACGCAUUCUAUUUGGAACCAUCAACAACAGUCAAACACAAAAGAAAUUUCACAAUAUGCGUCAAAGAUAUGGAUUUCAGCAACGACAUAUCACAGUCACUAGUAGAAUGGAUAGAAACUAAUAAAAUACUCGGAGUGGAUAAGAUUGAUAUUUACAUUGAUAAGCUAGUUAAAACAAGCCAGAAUGUGCUACAGCAUUAUCGAGAUAGCGAUUACGUUAGACUCUUUCAUGUUCCUAUUAAAUAUAAGCCUGAAAGAUCUCUUUGGCAAAGAAGAAGAGACCACAUAAUAACUUAUAAUGACUGUUUAUACAGAAAUAUAAGAGAAUCAGAAUUUGUUAUACCAUUAGAUAUUGAUGAAAUUAUAUUGCCGAAGGUAGCUGAUACCUUGCCAGAACUUAUAGAAAGACUGAAAAAGGUCGGAUGGGACCCAGCCCAUGACUCAGCAAUCAUGGUGAGAAAUGUGUUCUUUUUUGGCUUCAUGCAAGGACUUGAGAAAUAUAAACACAGAAAACUUCAGUCUAAGAGCAAAAUAUACGUCAAACGUGAUGACGUCCGAAUCAAAGAAGAAGAAGACCUAGGAAUAGGUGAAAUAGAAUUAGUAGAUGAUACGAUUAGUAAUGAAGUCAUAGAUUAUAAAGAAAUUGAUAAGGAUUUGCGUCAUUAUUAUAGGUCUAGAUGCAAUGAAGACUUACCGGUACCUAAGUUGGUGCAAUAUAUUGUGAGCUCGGCGAUGGUGAGCCCCGUUGGCUACUACAGUAAGAGUCUGAUGGUGACCAGGAAGGUGCUGACUGCGUUCAACCACUACCCCCUGUCCAGUAUCGGCACUUCAGGAUUCGCCGGUUGGUCAGCUCCGUACAAUGAAGUGCAACUAAAUCAUUAUAAGGAGUCGUGCAACACGACGGUGGUGGCUGAGUGCGCGCGGUACGGGCGGCGCGCGCGCAUAGACCGCGCCGCACUGCGCUUGCGACGGAGGGUCAACGCAGCACUUGCUAGCGCCAUCUGCACGUCGAAUACAGAAAUAAAUGCUACCUGAAAA